AUGGAAGUGCAACACUCUGAUGAAUCAAGCCAUGACAGUCUUGAGGAGAUCGAGGACAUCUCAGACUCUGGCAGUGACUUUGAAGUCCAGCUGAAGGCCAUGAAGCGGAGAAAACAGACCACUGCACUACUAGGACCUCGGCCACCCAAGAGACCUAGGCGUAAAGCUGCAUCCCAGGCCAGCCCAAAUCCCAGCACCACCUCCACCCAACAAGCCCGUUCCCCUCAGCCACCGCAGCCUUCCCUGGGGAGAACUAGGCAGCUCGGCUCCCCCAGGCGAGAGAGAGAGAGGAUGGGGAACCAGGGCAUGAGCGCUGGGGAUAUGUAUGAGGCUGUGAGAUCUGGAAAGAGUGCUAUGGUGGCGGUGGUGGACGAGUGGCUAGACAGCUACAAGAAGGACCGGGAUGCGGGCCUACUAGAGCUCAUCAACUUCGUCGUUCAGUGCUGUGGCUGCAAAGGUGUGGUGAGCAGAGAGAUGUUUGACGGUAUGCAGAACGCUGAGAUCAUCAGCACACUGACCAAAGAGUUCAAUGAGGACUCUGUGAACUACCCCCUGUGCUCCCCUGGCCCACAGUGGCGUAAGUUCCGGGCUAGCAUGUGUGAGUUUAUGCAGGUGCUGGUGCGCUCCUGCCAGAACAGCUUUCUGUACGACGAGUACCUCUUCUCCGCCCUGCUGGCACUGCUCACCGGCCUGUCUGACUCCCAGGUCAGGGCCUUCAGACACACCAGCACCCUCAUCGCGAUGAAGCUGAUGACUGGUAUAGUGGAGGUAGCAGUGAUGGUGUUUGCCCAGAUUAAGACCACCCAGAGACGGUACGACGCGGAGAGGAGCAAGAGUGCCGAACACAGAGCCUCAGAGAGGCUGGAGGAACUACAGGCCACCAUCAGCGAGCUGCGGGAGCACCAGGAGGAGCUGUCCUCCAUGAUGAAUGCUACGUUUCGGGGUGUGUUUGUGCACCGCUACCGGGACCGCGUAGCUGAGAUCAGGGCCGUAUGUAUUGAGGAGAUGGGCGUGUGGCUCAGAGAAAACCCCGGAGACUUCCUCAACGACGGAUAUCUCAAGUACCUGGGCUGGACCCUGCACGACAAGCAAGGCUCAGUGCGUCUGCAGUGUGUGCGGGCCCUGCAGGGCCUCUACAAGGAGAAGGACUUAGUUGGACGCCUAGAGCUUUUCACCAGCAGGUUUAAGGAGAGGAUGCUCUGCAUGGUGCUAGACAAGGACCCAGACGUGGCGGUGGAAGCUGUCCAGCUGCUGCUGCUCCUCCAACAAAGGACAGAGGAAGGCUUGUCCGAGGAGGAGUGUAGCCAUGUGUAUCCUUUGGUGUUUGCCUCCCGCAGAGGCCUGGCAUCUGCUGCUGGUGCUUUCCUCUACCACAAACUGUGUAGUGCGAUGAGCAGCGAGCCACAGGAAGUAGACAUGGGAAGUCGCCGGGCCGCCUUCUUCAACCUGCUGGUCUCCUUUUACAUCCAGAGUGAGUUCCAUGAGCACGGGGCCUACCUGGUGGACAGUCUAUGGGGUGUAGCAGGCGCUGAGCUGAGGGACUGGGAUACCAUGACAUCACUGCUGGUACAGGAGGCUGACCAGGGACGAGGUCUGGUGGAUGAGGAGGAGGGGGCGUUGAUAGAGUUGAUGAUGUGUGCUGUCAGACAGGCAGCUGAAGGACACCCGCCUGUAGGAAGAGCUCAGGCAAAGAAGAUCCUGAGCAUGAAGGAUAAGAAGACCCAAGUCCAGGACAAGAGACGCAUCACCACCCAUUUUAUCACCCUCCUGCCCCAGCUACUGGCCAAGUACUCGGCGGACGUGGAGAAAGUGACUUGCCUUCUGAAGGCUCCGCUUCAUUUUGACCUGGAGACCUACAGCAGCACUGGUAGACUGGAGAAGUAUCUGGAUCUGCUGCUGGCCCAGGUGUGUGGCAUCGUGGAGAAGCACACGGAGUCGGGUGUUUUGGAGGCAUGUGCUCGCGUGGCGUGUGCCCUCAGCCACGACAAGUACACCUUCUCCGGCCGUGCCGACCUGGUCGUCAGCCAGCUACUGGACAGUCUGACCGACCGCUUCAGCUCCCACCUCAACGAGCUGCUGCAGGGCACUGCUGAUGAAGAUGAGGUGUACAGUGCUGCUACUGCCUUGACGAGAAUUGCAGCCUUCAGCAGUGUUGCCAAGGACCUGACUUCAUGGAAGCUGUUUGAACCCUGCUUUCAGCUGCUGAAGAGUGGAGUGGAGUCCAGAGACAUCGACAAAGAGCUGAUGGUUCCUGCUCUGAAGUGUGCAGCGUUCCACGUGCUCUGGGAGAAAGUCAGGGUGGCCAACUCUACACCAACCAAGGCAGAGGUAAAGCGUCUGAAGAAGGAGGUGCGUUCGUUCUGCAUCGUCUGUCAGAGCUGCCUGUCUGUGGGCCAGCCAGAGAUCAGAGACCAGGCAUUUGAGCUGCUGUGUGACAUGCUGCUGUUGUUUGGGGUGAGCUCAGUGAGGUCUCAGCCCACCUUACAGCCCCUGGCCCACCCCCCCUCCGACUCCCUCCGCUUCGACAUGGCUGCCUUCCUCCUUGACUAUGUCUUCACUGAGCCUGACGACGACCAACUGUCCGGUGAGGCAGAGGGAGUUGAGGAGGUGAAGAUGGCUACUCUCCAGCGGCGGCGCAACCAGCUGGCUGGCUACUGUAAACUGGUUAUCUACGGCAUCCUGGAUCUCAGCACUGCCACUGAUGUCUUCAAAUACUACAGCAAGUUCUACAAAGACUACGGUGACAUCAUCAAGGAGACUCUGAGCAAAACCAAGAUGAUCAGUCCAGUGCAGAGCGCCAAGACUGUCUGCCUGAGUCUGCAGCAGUUGUUCUCAGCACUGGCUCCAGAGUGCGUUGGUGGAGGCCAGGAGUUUGGGGAGAUCAGAGAGCUAGCUAAAAGGCUGGCCAUGAGCUUCGGCAUAGACCUGCACCGCAUCCGCAAACCAUUGGUGUCCCUGCAUAUGGAUGGUAUCCGGUUUGCGUUACGGGAGGCAGCAGAGGUGGAGCAACCCCCCAACCUGCCCUUCCUUGAGAUACUCAGCGAGUUCAGUUUCAAACUCCUACGUCAGGACCGAGCCCAGCUGUCUGCUUUCCUGAGUGCUGAGUGUGGCUCUGCUGCCCCCUCUUGGCCAUCUCUGAGAAUGUACCAGCGCUCUCUGCAGUCUGGCUCCUCCAAUCCCCGAGAGGAUGGGGAGAGGAGCACAACGCUGUCCCCCCACAGCACCCCUGCAGCCAAACGCAGGAGGACUACCCCCCAGGGGUCAGUGUCCAGCGCUAGCAGAGGGCCAUGGCUGGACAGCAGCAGUAUCCAUAGCAACGUGGCCACCCCAGGUCUCACCUCCACCGUGCAGAGACAGCCGUCCAAGCACCUGCCCGUCACACAUAAUACACAGGCCUCCACCCCAGGCUCCGACAAGGGCAGCAUCAUCUCCGAACCCGAGUCUGAUGACGACUUUUCAGAGGGUUCACUGCAGCGCAAGGUGGAACCCAGGCGAAGGAGCAAGCUGCCUAUUGCACAAGCCAGCCCCUCCUCUGGGCACUGUGACCUCGAAUCACAUCUCACCAUGCUGAGUCUGAUUGAGGAAGAUGAGGAUGAUGAAGUGGAGGAAGAAGAGCCUGAGAUUGAGGACUUUGAGAGUGACGAUUCUGACCACGACACCGACUUUACACUGCCGUCCACCCGUCGCUCCACCAGUUACUUAGAGGAGUUGUUUCAGUGAGGGAAAGGACCCCAACACAGUAACAAGAAGAACAACACUUCUAGGAGAAGAUAGUCUUACGUUGGUAUCCCUCAGACAGGCAUUUCAGGGUUAAGCAGUACAGUACAUAACGUUGUUACACUUGUUGUAAGCUCUUAUUAGAAUUUUUUUGUUGAAUGAAUAAAAUACAAGUGCCUUACAUUAUGAAUGUUUCAAAGAUGCAAUGUGAAAAAUAUCUUCAUGGCUCAUAUAGGAAUUGUUAGACACAUGGUGUUUUUCUUGUUUAUGACUGUGGUUGUGUUUCCAACUGUUAAAUGAGCACUGAUUUAAUAUGUAUCAAUAAAGAACCAAUUUCUGAG